AUGUUCAGCUUAUUUUUUACGCUUCUCCGACUCGGGACCGCGCUGGUGUGGCAAAGUCUGCUGGACGUUUACGUGCAAUAUUGGCCCGGCAUUGAGCGGCCGAUCGUGGCGGUGAAACAAGGCCAAGUGCAAGGUGUUACCGCCCGACUGCCGAAUGGUUCGGCGUAUCAUUACUUUAAAGGCAUACCGUAUGCAAAACCGCCGAUCGGCGAAUUACGAUUCUGUCCGCCGGUUGCGCUCGCAAAGUUUCCGAAGCCCGUGUUGAAGUGUUUUGUAGAUAAGGAUGACUUUAGCCAGCCGCAUCAGGUUUUUCGUUACAGUUGGAUAGUGGGAAACGAAGAUGCACUUAACUUAAAUGUUUACACUCCGGAGCUACCUAGUGAAGAUAUGACGAAACGGUACCCCGUGAUGGUCUACAUCCAUGGUGGCGGACUAGAGCACGGAACGGCUGGCAGUUUUGUAUACGAUCCAAAGUAUUUCGUUCAGAAUGGUGUGGUCGUGGUGACGGUGUUUUACCGGCUUGGACCGUUCGGAUUUUUGUGUCUACCAAGCGAGGGAGUACAAGGAAACUUCGGUUUAAAGGAUCAACGAAUGGCACUCAAAUGGGUUCACGAAAACAUCGAGGCAUUUGGCGGUGAUCCGGACAACGUUACGCUUUUCGGUGAAAGUGCUGGUGGCUGGUCCACUUAUUUGCACUACUUAUCAGCCAAUUCUAGGAAAUAUUUUCACCGAGCUAUCUGUCAAAGCGGUGAAGCAUGCACCGACUCAAUUCUUCAAAUUGAUCCUGUCGGAAAAGCUAGAGCGUUAGCACGUUUACUGGGCUACAAAGGAAGCUCCGAUCGAGAGGUACUAGAAACACUACGCAAAGCCCCGGCGCGAAGACUGGCCAAGCUGCAAGAGUUGGUCAUUAGUGAAGAGGAAAAGUCCUUACCACUACGAUUCAUAUUCCGACCAGUUAUCGAACAGGAGGACAAUGAAGAAGCUAUCCUAAGCCAACCACCGGAAAAGACGUUGAAAGCGUUCGAUACCAUAAAAAUGCCACUGAUACAAGGCUAUACCAGUGGCGAAGGUAUUUUGAGUCUUUCACUGAACAGACAUCGCUUAGAAAAGUAUGAUUUGAAUCCGGAGUGGCUCGUCCCGCAGUUUAUGGGGAAUCCAGUGGAUCUCAACCGAACCGUUGUCGGCGAACAGAUUAAGCAGUAUUACUGCAAGACCGGAAAGAUCGGUUGGAAAACGGUCAAUGAGACUAGUGAUUUAUUCUCAGAUACUACGUUCGUUAUCCCAGCCAACUUGAGUGCAGAGUGGUUAGCCAAAUAUCAACCGAAUGCUGUCCAAUAUCACUAUCUGUUUUCCUUCGAUGGACGUUUUAGCAUUGCGAAAAAACUGCACAAUAUAAAUCAGGUUGAAGGUGCAUCCCAUGGGGAUGACUGUAUGUACAUGUUUAGCCCUUCGUUCCUGGCCAACCUUCCAAACGACAGUGACGAGGCGCAAGUUCGCAAUACGUUAGUAAAAAUGUGGACCAAUUUUGCAAAAUAUAACGAUCCAACGCCGGAUGCUGGCGGACUAAAUUUCAAGUGGAAACCCGUUGUCAAAAUGGGUCUAGAAGCAACUUCGUUUGAUUUAGAUUGUUUGGAAAUCAACAUAAAGCCAAAGAUGGUAAAAAAUCCAUACGCAGAAAGAAAAGAAUUCUGGAGAGAAUUGAUGCGAAAGUAUACAAACUUGAUCUGAUAAUCAUCUGAUGAUGAUCUGUGAAA